AUGCUUCCGGGCGUGUUCAACGAAGCAAGACUCCAGCAUAUCUCAUCGCGCCCGCCAAAGAUAGUGUCCUGUGCCAACUCUUGGUCCCAACCCCAAGAUCUCAGAAAACUUAUAAUCUCCUAUGCGCACUCCAUUCUCGGCGAGAUCCGGGGUCCUAGCCUAUUCGUGAGCAAGCUACAUAGGGACUCAGUCCACUCUUGGCUACCAAUAAUCGACCCUACAAGACUCGCUCAAGCGAUUUCGGAAUACAUCAACCAUAGAACUGCCGAGACUGCUGUUCUCUUGUUGCACAUCUCCCUCUUUGAUGCGCAAACGACAGCAAUAGAGGCCAAGGCGGGAAAUUCCUCAUCCACUCUCUAUGCUAUCUGCAAUUCCGUAUUUACGCUUCUACGCAAGAUUCGAGGCUCUCCGAUUGCCAAGCUACAAUCAGGCAUCCUACUAGCCGUUUUCGAAAUUGGAGAGGGGCUUCUAUCAAACGCAUACAAUACCCUGAAUAUCUGCGCUCAACUAUGGCGCGAGAGCGACCGCAAUUACCCGGCCAGUUUUCCACAAAAGGAUGAAAUGGAAAUAUUACAGUCUGCAAUCUAUCUCUUGGAUAGACUCCAUUAUUUCUUCAGUGAAUCGCCAAGGCCGUACUUGGUGGAAAAGCUACCUUCCCAUCAAGCGCUCAACCUUCUCGGAACUGACAUAGAGCCCCCAUCGGCCAUUGAAUUGUCUAUGGCAUCUCUCGGCACCAAGAGCAAGUAUCAGCGGCGACUUAUCCAUUUUACGCAGCAGACGCAAGCAUGUGCACUACUAGAGAGAGUGGCUCUAGUAGAGAACCCGAAUCCGAGCGACAUGCUGACCCUGGACCUUUUACUCCAGAGAAAGCUUGCUGAGAAUUUUGUGCUGAGAGAGGAUGAUUGGUCCCUACCUGAUUUUUCUACGGUCAUUCUAUUAUUAGCUUUGAUCGAGUUGCACUUGAAGGUCAUCAUGUCUUGUCCUGAUUCUAGAGCGUUCUCUUUGUUAGCUAUUGAUACAGUGUUGAAUACCACCAGGGAUAUUGCGAGAAUGGACGACAUUAACAAUAUCAGGAGGAUGCCACUGGCUGCUGUAUUACUGCUACGGAGGACCAUAAAAGCAGCUAGCAUGUUGAAUUCAACCCCAACCCUGGAUUAUCACCCAGAUACCGGGGUGCUGGAAGACUUGGCUGGGUCUUUGCGACGUGCCAGAUUUCAGUGGAGAAUAGCUGGCGAUUUCGACAUUUCAUAA